UAGUUUGUUUGUUCGUAGCCAAAGAUAACCGGGUGAUAUCAGCGGAGUUUAUCGCAUCAGCAUAGCAUAUAAACCGUUGUCGAGCUGUUCUCGACAUACACCACGAACAUCUAAGCAGAAUGUUUGCCGAAGGAAGAAUACUAAUUCUGGUUCAAGUUCUGAUUCUGAUAAAUUAUUCAGUUUCAUGGCCGGGCACUUCAAGAAAGAGGGACUGUCCCAAUGAUGCUCAAGAGCCCUGGAGUUAUGAUGGACUUAAUGGUCCACCCUAUUGGGGAGAAACGUACCCCGACUGUUAUAAAGACAGUCAAUCUCCUAUUGCUAUUAACCCCAGAGAAGUGCAGCAAGAUCCAAACCUGGAACAGCUGUCCUUUACCAAUUAUGAUAAACCAAUAACAAAAGCCAAAGUUGUAAACAAUGGUCAUACUGUGCAAAUUACUCCCGAGGAUGGUGUCCAAAGAACUAUUCGAGCCAAUGGGGACACGUUCUCUCUGGCACAGUUUCAUUUCCACUGGGGUGAUAUUUAUUACAGAGGCUCCGAGCAUACUCUGAAUAACAUGCGCUACGCAAUGGAGUUGCAUUUGGUGCAUGCGAAUAGUAGAAAUGAAUUAGCUGUCGUUGGUGUAUUUAUGCAGGAGCUGCAAAUGGACAAUAGAGCUUUGAAACCUAUUGUAGAUUCUCUCUCCAAUGUCAAGUACAAAAACGAUAAUACAGAGCUUCCUUCGGGACUCGUCUUGAACAGCUUGUUACCUAGGAACUCAGGAUCGUUCUUUCGUUACAACGGAUCACUGACGACACCUGCGUGUAGCGAAGGUGUCACUUGGUCGGUUUUGAGAAGCCCCAUUUCGAUUGGAAAAAAUCAAAUAACACUGUUCAGAAAACUCAAUUCUGCUGACAACUCAGAAGAAAACGCAGACUGCAAGCUGGUUAACAAUUUUAGACCUGUACAGCCUUUGAAUGGCCGUAAAGUUCUUGCUUCUACGCCUUCAAGACGUAAAACUGAUGUGUGAGCGUUCGUUGUGAAAUUUUUGUAUAAAAAUAUUUGUUUUUGCUUCAAAUAAACCGAAAUUUUCUCCAAUGUAA